GUAAAAGUAAGGUGCAGUCGGUGUGUAUCCAAGCGACCCUAGCAGAAGAAAAAAAGGUUUUUACAAAACUUUUCCUUGUUGUGAAAACUUGUCUGCAUUUGACGUUUGAGUUGCGCGGGACGCGAGGCCUUGUCGUCUGCGGUUUAUAUUUCGUCGCGAGCCAAUCGUUUUUGUUCAAGAUUCAGUGAAGAUAUUCGUUGGCGGUGUUGUUGUUUUCCUCGUUGAUAAAUUUCUCGUUAUAUCGGUGGAGAUUGGAGAGCACAAAAGAUACGCAAUACAUCGGAAAAGUUUUCGACUGCAGUGGACGUGUGGCCACUAGAGUAUACAUAGACCGAAACGAAGAAUAUCAGCCAAAGUUUUGUUUUUGUUCCGUCUGGAUUUAUUCGAUUCGUUUUCCAUCACCCUAUUCGGCGAAUAGCGGAGGGAAGAAAUGGCUGGGGAGAAAAGUAAUGGCUGUGCUACCAAUAUUCCGUACAGUAAAUCUGGAGAUCGCUCCCAAGACGAGAUACUGCUGCAGCCAUUCACCUACCUGCUACAAGUGCAGGGAAAGCAGAUUCGGGUGAAACUCUCGUUGGCUUUCGACUACUGGCUGCACAUCAACCCAGAAAAACUAAAUAUCAUCAACAAUGUUGUUCAAAUGUUGCACAAUGCUAGUCUUUUAGUUGAUGAUAUUGAAGAUAACUCCAUUCUCAGGAGAGGUAUUCCAGUGGCCCAUUCAAUAUAUGGAGUGGCCUCCACCAUCAAUUCCGCCAACUAUGUCUACUUUUUAGGAUUGGAGAAAGUAUUGGGUUUGAAUCAUCCUCAAGCCACUGAAGUCUUUUGUGAACAACUGCUGGAGCUUCAUCGGGGACAGGGAAUGGAGAUAUACUGGAGAGAUAGUUAUGUCUGUCCAACUGAAGAAGAGUACAGACUUAUGAUUGUUCGAAAAACUGGAGGACUGUUUGGUUUAGCUGUUCGUCUAAUGCAACUCUUUAGUACAACUACAAUUGAUAUGAAUCCACUUAUGGCCAUACUAGGACUAUACUUUCAAAUAAGAGAUGACUAUGCAAACUUGAACUUAAAAGAGUACGCGGAAAACAAAAGCUUUUGCGAAGAUUUGACCGAGGGCAAAUUUUCUUUCCCCGUCAUUCACGCCAUUCGGAGCCGUCCCGACGAUCAACAGAUCAUCAACAUCCUGAGGCAACGCACCAAAGACAUGGACGUCAAGCGCUACUGCGUGUCCCUGUUGGAGAAGUUUGGUUCGUUUGAAUACACGCGCCAGACACUCAUCCAGUUGGAUCUGGACGCCCGACGGGAGAUUGAAAAGUUGGGCGGCAAUCCAAUCUUGGAGCGCGUGCUGGACGAGUUGAAAAACUGGUGAGACUGUUGGGACAGCAUCAAGUCGACGGAAUGCCGACCCCAUAUAGCCUCUGGCAUCUAUUCCAAAAACCAACCACAACUCUUUUAAAAAAUAUUUAUCAGUGCACGUUAAAAAUACAUCUGUAGUAGAAAGAACUCGUCGCGCUGCGAAAGGGGUUAGACGAGGCCAAGUCACAUACGACUGUUGUAUUUUUCGCUCUUGAGCCAUUAGUUCGUUAUUUUCAUGACACAUUCUUCUCUGGUCGUGUAAUUUCAAAUCCGUGUUCUUUUCACACAAGAUUCCUCAAUGUCUAUGCUGACUCCGUUAUUUCCAUCCUUGUUAUUAUUACUUAAUUUCGCCAAUUACGUAAUGGACGAUGUGGCCGUGCGUUGUCGCGGAUUCUUAUCUACGAAUUUGUAUCUUUGUUUGGAAAUCAACAACAAAAACGUUGAUGCAUGUAAAAAUAGAUCUCGAGUGCUAAAGA